CCUUUAUAAAACCCUAAAUCGUUGCCUCCUUCUCUUAGCCAAAUUAAUACCCUAGCUUACUCCGUAUCUUCUCUUCAGAACUCCGAGGCAGAGAUGACGGUGGAAGCUGUGAACCCUAAGGCGUACCCUUUAGCUGAUUCCCAGCUAGCGAUAACAAUCCUCGAUCUUGUUCAGCAAGCCACGAAUUACAAACAGCUCAAGAAAGGAGCUAACGAAGCUACCAAGACACUGAACCGUGGGAUCUCUGAGUUCGUUGUUAUGGCUGCUGAUGCUGAGCCUCUCGAGAUUCUUCUUCAUCUCCCUCUUCUCGCUGAGGAUAAGAAUGUGCCUUAUGUGUUUGUGCCAUCCAAACAAGCCCUUGGAAGAGCAUGUGGGGUGACAAGACCCGUGAUUGCUUGUUCCGUUACAUCAAACGAUGCUAGCCAGCUGAAGUCUCAAAUUCAGCAGCUCAAGGAUGCCAUUGAGAAGCUCCUCAUCUAAAGAUUUAUGGUAGCUUAUGAGUGAUGAUUUUUAUUGGGUUUUGAACAAGAAUAAUUAUUUGUUUUCUUAGGUUUGGUUUGUUGGUUUGAUGAUUUUGGUCUUUUCUUGAAACUUAAUGUUGAUGUAAGAAGCCAAAUGAAGCAUCAAUAAACACAAAUAUUUCCUCCU